CAACAGUCGCCCAGCAUGCUUAUUUCCAAGGAGAACCGCAAGACCAUCUACGAGACCUUGUUCCGUGAGGGUGUCCUCAUCGCCAAGAAGGACUUCAACGCUCCCAAGCACGGCGAGCUCGACCUCCCCAACCUUGAGGUCAUCAAGGCUUGUCAGUCCUUGACCUCUCGCGGUUUCGUCAAGACCCAGUUCUCGUGGCAGUACUACUACUACACCCUCACCAACGAGGGUAUCGAGUACCUCCGCGAGUACCUCCACCUCCCCGCCGAGAUCGUCCCCUCUACCCACAAGCGUGCUCCUCGUCCCGCUGAGGCUCGUGCCCCCCGUCCUGAGCGCCGCCAGCGCGAGGGUGGUGACCGUGAGUACCGCAAGAAGGAGGGAGCUGCUCCUGGAGAGUUCAACCCCUCUUUCCGUGGUGGUAUCGGACGUGGUCAGAGGCCGCAGGAGGCUUAA